CUUCUCUCUGGCUGAGCUCGCCCCACGGUGGCCCGCUAACCUCUCUGUCUUAUUUAUAGCCUUACGACCCACAGAUCGUGUCAGGAAUCGUUCAGCCACAGAUACCCACUUCUGCUUGACCAGUCACUACGCUGUCUCUCAGGCUUGCAGACACAUUGUUUUCAUUUUCAGCCACCGAUGUCCCACUUCAUGAUUAGAAAACUUACUCAGCUCUCAUUCGGGCUUCUUGGGCUCGGCUAUCAUCUGAGCGCUAGGGAGAAACACCCAGUAUAAAACUGCUCUGGCAUCAAACCGCCUCCCCUAGAUCUCUAGUCAACUACCCUGCAGUUCAACCAUGCAAAAAGCCCUCUUACUUGCCUCUGUGGGGGCACCAUUUACCAUUAACACUCGCCCCGUCCCCAAGCCCGGCAAGGGCCAGAUGCUCGUCAAGAUCGUGGCCACCGCUUUAAAUCCUCUUGAUGGCAUGAUGCAGGCUACCGGCCACCAUGUACAGCCAGAUCAUUGGCCCGUUAUAUGUGGGUGGGAUGCUUCUGGUCUCGUCGAGGAGAUCGGUGAGGAAGUGGGUGGAUUUAAGAAAAGCGACAGAGUCUUGUACCAAGGAAAUUAUGACAAGGACCGGCGUACCUUCCAGGAGUACGGACUGACCGAUGCAGUGACGACAGCCAGAAUACCCAAGAACCUCUCAUUCGAAGAAGCAGCCACUCUCCCGUCUGCCAUAUGCACUGCUGCCAUUGGGCUCUACGGAAAGCGCGCUUCUGAGCACAGUAACAAGCGAGGGGGAGCGGGUCUGGUCGCCCCUUGGGCCGAGGGUGGCAUGGGCAAGUACAAGGAUGAGCCGAUUAUCGUGACGGGUGGCGCGGGUUCUGUCGGACAACUCGCUAUCCAGCUCGCAAAGCUCUCCGGGUUCAAUCCUAUCAUUACCACAGCCUCUGCUCACAACAAAUCCUAUUGCGAGGCCGCCGGAGCAACCCAUGUUAUCGACUACCACGCCACACCGUACUCUGAGCUGGCUUCCGUGGUUUCAACCAUCACCUCGAAGACUAUCAAGAUCAUAUACGAUGCUAUUUCCACUCCAGACUCGCAGAUCGCUUGUUGGUCCCUCCUCAGUACAGGCGGAACGAUCGUAACCACCUUGCCUCCAUCGAAGGAUAUCGGAGAGCCCGGAGUCAAGGACGAGGACGGAAAGUUUGUGGCAUGGGUGAUGGGGAGUGUGCACGAUGAUGCUAUGGGAGACCCGAAGCUUGGAAAGGAGAUGUUCGCGGUGUUAGAGAAGAUGUUGAGUGACGGUGAAGUCAGGCCGAAUAAGGCUGAGGUGUUAGAAGGUGGUCUGGCUGGGAUUGAAGAAGGGUUGCACCGGCUACUGGCUGGUAGAGUCAGUGGAGCGAAGCUGGUGACGAGGGUUCUGGAGACGCCUUAGGAUAAUGACGAGAUAACUAUGGGAUUGGAGAGUCAGGUCUCCGGUCCUCGUCCCCGUCGUGCUUAUAAUCAACCAUCCCUCUACCCACAUAUUCACUUAUGCACCGUCCAUACAUUUGAAAGACCAAAAAGUUGGGAUGAUCCCCACCUCAAUAAGUUGCACCAAA